AUGACUGAAAAAGUUUCGGUCGAAACAUCAACGAAGGCGAUAACUGAAUCAAUUUCGACCAAAACGUCAACGAAGGUGAUGACUGAAUCAGUCUCGACCAAAAGGUCAACGACGACGGCGGUUCCGACGACAUCGACGACAUCAAGAGCAAAGUCAGCGACGGCCACGAAGACGCCAGAGGCAACAAUAACAACAGACGCUGAGGCCGCAAUAACGACAGACGCUGCGGCAGCAACGACACACAGUACUACAGCUGCUGCUUCCAGUGCCACCACGAGCAUCGCGCCCAGCAAAGUACUGUCCGAAGUCGAGGCGCAACCUACCUCUGCCACCGUCACUUCCUCACACAAAGGUUUGAGCGGCGGAGCAAUUGGAGGCAUCGUCGGCGGCGUUGUUAGCCUGGUGCUGAUCCUCUGCCUCGUCGCCUUCCUGUUGCGCCGCUUGAGGAAGAAACGGGGGAAGAAAGUCAGGAGGUUCACUCUUCUUCGCUGGCGACAUCCUACCCUUGACGAUGCGCAAAGCGCCGAGGAAGGUACAGCCAGCACGGCGCACCUUCAACCCCAGACCACCGCAGUCAACCCGGCCUUAACAGUUCCCACUAUCGUAACCGGUCCCCUGAACACUCAGCCAACGGGCAUCACUGGAGAAAAGUCCCCGGCCAUCUCGCCUCUCCAACGGCAGCAAGCAGACUCACCACGAUCCAUCCCAUCAGCAUCAGCAUCAGCCAUCAUCCCGUCCCCCCUCACGCCAUACUCCGCCAUAAGCCCCAAGACGACGCGGAACUCCAUGCUCAAGCUCAACUUCCGCCCGCCCAGCGGCAUCCACCCAGCCCUCCGCCCAGGUGACCCAGAGCACGCCUACAACCCAUUAUCAUACUGGCCCUCGUUCUGCACACCGAAUACCAGCAGACGGAACAGCCCGACUACAUCCCCGCUCCGCCACUCGCCCGCAACCCACGAGCUCUUCGACACGGGCUUCCGCCUCGGCCGCCUCGAGCUGCCCAGCACCUGCUCCCGCGAGCUCAUCAACGUCCCCUUCCGAGACCGGCAACGCCAGCGCCAAAAGAGCCAGCUGCACCGCGGCGCCCCGUUACCCCUCUCCAUCACAACGCCUGACGGCGCCGUCCUCUCAUCGAACUUCAAUGGUCUCGCCGUUGAUCCGAACAGCGGCUUGAUGGCUUGCGAUGAGGAGGCCGAGGUGACUGCAGGCGAGACGGAGAUGGCGCCGGUGCCGGUGCCGGAGGCAAGACUCCAGAUGAAGCCAGCCUGCAAGAAGCGGAGGCAGAAGAAAAAGCUGCUGCCCUUGUUGCCGCCGCUGCCUUUGCCGCCGUCGCCGUCGCAUCCGCCGUUGACGGCGUCGUCGUUGGGGUCGAUUCCGGCGUCGCCGACGCCGUCGUAUCGGUCUGAGUUUAGGAGGGGGUCUAGGGAGGUGGCGGAGAAGGUGAGGGAGAAGUUUAGGAGGAAGGCGUGA